GGAAACCAAACCAGAUUACCAGAACCGCUUCUUCUUCUUUUGCUUCCUCCGGUAUCAUUCCAGUUUUGCUACCUCCUCACUUCACUCCUCUCAUCUCAUCACAUCUCAUCUCAAUCUUUUGCGCCAUUCCAUCGGAGCUAGCACCCAGCAACUCACGAGCAAGCAAAUCAGGGCUCGGAUCCGGCUGUUGUGCAUGGCCAAGCUGGGGGCUUGUGUUCGUCGUGUGUGAUUGGGCUGCUUGGGUUUAGAUAGCAAGGAGGCCGCAGAGAAGUGGAGAGGACUCACGAAUCACGAUCCAUUUCUAUCUUGAGGGAAUUGGGGAUAGCAAAAGUCAGUGAAAAGUUGGCGUGUUGCACGUUUCACAUUCGCUGUGGGGUAAGCUUUUCUUAUGGAAGAAGGUUUACUGCAGGGCCAGAUGACAAGCAUGGACAAGGCAGCAAAUGUGGUAUUGGAUAUUGAAGGGCUGCCUCAGCAACCUGAUAAAUGCUGCACUGGAAGUCCAAAAAUGACUAGAGCCCUAUCUCGCAAGGGCUCAAAUCGCAUGGAAAGGAGGAGCGGUGAAGAGCAGGAACAAGAUGACUUGGUGAAGAAACUUAUUAUUAAGGUUGUGCCAUCUCAGUUGGAGCAGCUUAAGAUGCCCCUGGUGCAGAACAAAGCCUUGGUCACUCCACAAUCACAAUGUGCUGCCUGUGCACCUAUUCUAACUGACUCUGGGGAAGGAAGGAACAAGAAGUUUAAUCGACUUACUUCGGUUCACCCCCGGAAAAUCCUACUGUUCUUUGCAACUCUGUCGAGCGUGGGCACAAUGAUACUGAUAUACUUCACGCUCGCAAUCAACGGUGGCAAAGCGGAGGCGUAGUCGUCACCGGAGCGAAACACGACAACGGUUUCAGAAGUGCAUUUCAUAGCUGGAAUUUUCGCUUCUCGUUAUCAGAUUUUGGUUUGUUUGGGAGGAGAGAACUGGAGGAGGAAGCAACAGUAGCAGCAGCAAUGAUGCAGCCAGGCUCUCAUGCCUGACACACAAUGCUGGGAGUGUUGCUCGAUCAGUGCUCCAUUGUCACCUUUGCCUGACCUGAUCUCCCUGAAUUCUUUUGAUCUGUACAUGUAAAUUGCUGUGAGGCCUUUGUUGAGAGGUAGAGAGAGAGAGAAAGAGAGAUCCAUGGAUUGUUGUUGGUGUAAAUGAGCUGGGGCGAAGCUAUCCAUUUCUGCCAUGCGAGUCCCAGCUUAGCUGUAAAAGAUCUGAAGCGAAUAAUUAUGCCUUUGUGGAGUUGCAGUGCAUCUGGGGUUCGGUUCUUGAA